AUGCAAACAUCCGAUGCCUCAAACAUCCCGAGUCGUCUGAAGUUUUCUCACCUGAGUGCAGACAGUACUGGAUUCUCCCACGGAGCAUAUAAUUCGAACAACCUUCCGUUGCAAGGAUUGUCGGACCGGAACCACCGUCGAAUAAACAUUCCCGCCAUCAACACGACUGCCACUUCGAGUACGGCCGAUAAUAUGGCGACCUCGGGCACCGCGUUUGAUAUGAACUUCACUCCCCUUCUUCCUUCCCAGCUGCUACUCGGUAGUCCAUUCCAGCCCGGAACCCCUUCCGCGUUCACCUCGCCUCAGUUUACGAACUACGGUGGCUUCCCUCAGAACCCUUCGGGACAAGGAGCACAGAACCAACUAGGCAGCCCGACGCAGGGUUCGCACAACGCUGGUCUGUACUCGAAUUUGCUGGCUGCGGAAGGUCUGGGUAAUCAGCAGAUAUUAGCUGGUCCUCAGUCUCCUGUCGGUGGUCUGGGCGGACUUGGAAAUACUGCAUACGGAAGCCCUGCUGCGGCUGUAACCCCUGGUCUUCUUUCUGGUACUAGCCGGACUGUAUACCUUGGCAACAUUCCCCCGGAGACUCCAGCAGAGGAAAUCCUUAACCAUGUUCGGAGCGGUCAAAUUGAGUCUGUUCGCUUGCUUCCGGACAAGAACUGCGCCUUCAUCUCGUUUUUGGACAGUAACUCAGCCACCCACUUUCACUCAGACGCCAUUCUCAAAAAACUAGCCAUCAAGGGUAACGACAUCAAGGUUGGCUGGGGUAAGCCGUCGCAGGUUCCUACCUCCGUCGCCCUGGCAGUCCAACAAUCGGGAGCGUCGCGUAAUGUAUAUCUUGGAAAUCUACCGGAGGAGACAACAGAGGAUGAGUUGCGGGAAGAGCUUGGGAAAUUUGGCCCAAUCGAUACCGUGAAGAUUGUGAAGGAAAAGGCCAUUGGCUUCGUCCAUUUCUUGUCCAUUACGAACGCCAUGAAAGCCGUUUCCCAGCUUCCUCAGGAAACGAAAUGGCAGACUCCCCGGCGUGUCUUUUAUGGCAAGGAUCGAUGCGCCUAUGUCUCGAAGACACAGCAGCAAAAUGCUGCACAGUUCCUGGGAAUCGCGCCGGGAUAUGCGCAUAUUCUCAACUCGGCGGACCGGGACCUGAUCACCAACGCUCUAGCCCAGCAAUCUGUGGCUGCGGCGGCGGUGGCUACCUCCGCUGGCGGUGUCAACAACCUUGGAAACCGGACUAUCUACCUUGGCAACAUCCACCCUGAGACUACCAUUGAAGAGAUUUGCAACGUGGUGCGAGGAGGCCUCUUACACCAUAUUCGAUACAUUCCGGACAAGCAUAUUUGCUUUGUCACAUUUAUUGACCCGACAUCAGCUGCUUCCUUCUACGCUCUCAGCAACCUACAGGGGCUCAUGAUUCACAACAGGCGGCUGAAGAUUGGCUGGGGUAAACACUCCGGACCUCUUCCUCCUGCGAUUGCACUUGCCGUCAGUGGCGGUGCAUCUCGCAACGUAUAUGUCGGCAACCUAGAUGAAUCGUGGGCUGAAGAUCGUCUGCGUCAAGACUUCUCAGAGUACGGAGAGAUCGAGUUGGUAAACACGCUUCGAGAGAAAAGCUGUGCCUUUGUUAAUUUUACCAACAUCGCGAACGCAAUAAAAGCCAUCGAGGGCAUGCGAAACCGGGAGGAGUACCGGCGUUUCAAAAUCAACUUCGGGAAAGACCGCUGUGGAAACCCACCUCGUCAGACAGGUAAUGCUGGACAGCAAACCCGCAAUGGCGGUGGUUUUGAGGGCCCGCAGUCACCCUCACCAGCCCUCAAUGGUUUCCAUACCCUUGGCCAACCUGGCGCGCAGCCUAGUCCAACGCGCCCGGCACUUUCACCCGCUCCUGGCUCUACGGGAUCUCAGAACGGCCAACCGAACCGACACCCGCUUCAGACCGUAACAUCUCCGUCCAGCAUUUUGAACAAUGGCCCUAAUAACCCAUUAACGAUGUACCUCAACCAAAUGUCUACGCAGCAGGUUCAGGAACAGGAAGACCGCCUGAACGAUUCCCUUACACUGACGGCUCUACAAUCUCAGCCCCAACCCAGCCAUCACCAUCAACAAUCCCUUUAUAACGGAACCACUAGCGAACUCACCAAUGGUAGUAUCGAUGCUCCCUUGCAUCAGCACAAGCCAUCUACGAACGGUUUCCUCAACAUCAGCAACAGCUCCGCCAGCUCCGGUCACCAUGCCACUGCAAGCACUAGCAGCCUCAGCGUUCCCCGUGCUCAGCAUUCGCGGGCUGUGAGCUUACCAUCAUUCUCUCAAGAGCCAUUUGGUCCUAUUUCUGGUCAACCUGGCCCAGGUCGUUCUGGAGCGUCCCAUCACCCUCAGAGCAGCUUCUCGGGCUUCAACUCUGCUCUUGGAGGGCUCAACCACUCCGGCUUCGGGUUGGCCAUUCAUAACGAGAACUCAUUGCCUGGCUGGGCAGAAGAGGAGAUUGGGGCCAAAUAA